UGCCUCCUUCCACGAGCAGAACCAGGCAUUUCAGUGAGCUCGAGCCCGUUAUUCGUCUGUUCUUGCCGCCUCUUCCUCUCCUCAGAAACUCCGCUGCCAACACGUCGUCUAUCGGACCACCAUGGGAGUCGAAGGCUGCACCAAAUGCAUCAAGUACCUGCUGUUUUUCUGCAACUUCAUCUUCUGGCUUGCAGGGGGUGUAAUCUUGGGUGUGGCCCUGUGGUUGAGGCAUGACAAGCAAAUCAGCAGCCUGCUGGAGCUUGAACUGGAUGGGACUCAUCCCCCCAGCUCCUUCUACAUCUGUGUCCACAUUCUGAUUGCAGUUGGAGCCGUGAUGAUGGUGGUCGGUUUCCUCGGGUGUUACGGGGCCAUUCAAGAGUCCCAGUGUUUGUUGGGAACGUUCUUUGUCUGCCUGGUCAUCCUGUUCGCCUGUGAAGUUGCAGCUGGAAUCUGGGGUUACAUGCACAGAGAAACUGUUUCACAGGAGAUGAAGAACUUCUACGACUCUGUCUACAAUCAGGCCACAUUGGAGAACCUUCAGCAGGAGAAAAAGACGGCUGUUGCACAAGUGCUCAAGGUCUUCCAUGAGACGCUCCAAUGCUGCGGUAAGGGCACAGGGAGCGCAAUUUUUACACGACUGACAUCUGACGCCUGCCCCAACGAUUGGUCAACAAUGAGUUGCCACAAGAGGAUCAACGACCUGUUCUCAGAUAAGAUUCAUCUGAUUGGAAUCGCAGCGCUGGUGGUUGCAGUCAUUAUGAUCUUUGAGAUGAUUUUCAGCAUGGUGUUGUGCUGCGGGAUCCGCAACAGCCCUGUGUACUGAUGAGACUGAGUGGAUGGAAGGAUGACCUCACAGUCUCCGUGUCUAUUGUUUUUCUUAUAUUACAUGGAAUUAUCACAUAUAGUGCUUGCUGGAUUUAGUCAGCUUUUUAGGAUCUUAUAAACCAUCCUGAAUGAAAAGAAAGAAUAACUUUAUUACACUGUUAAUUUUGUUAGUCACAGAUGCUGUCAUAUGUAUUCUAUCAGCCCUAUCCUCACAUGGUAUGUAGAUUUUUUAUCACUCAUUGGUUACACUCACCAGUCGAGGUGCUGUAAUUCUUCAGUGGUUGGUUUUUACUGCCUUCUUGCCUAUGGACAUGCUAUUACAUUCUUGGUUUUAUGGAUUUAUUUCACUGUUUUAUGUAUAAACUGUAUAUAAGUAUAUGUUGACAGUGCUUUGUCUGCCCGAGCAUGGAUAUUGUAUCACAUGAAAUCUUUAUCCAGUAUUUUCUCUGUAUUAACCUGCUUGUCUUGCUUUAGGCUGAAUCCGUUAUGGGUGUAUGUGACCGGCACUAGUGAAAUAAAGGGGUCGGCCUCACUGACAUAGUAGCCACCCAGAGUGGCAAACAGACGCACGCACACAUCUUGUUGCCUAUGUCCAUGUAGCUAUGUGACGUCUGCAUGAAUCUAGUUGAUCUCAGAAGCUGGUGGCAAAGUCAGUGAUCAAGGAUGUUUCCAAAUAUUAGUUAGGUUUUCGGGUGGAUUCGGUCCAGAGUUUGUCGCGAUGAUUUAAAGAACACUGUACUGUUCGCUUUGGUCAGUUUGAUGGUCAUAGAUUUUGUGAAGUUAAGUGGAGACCAUUUGAUAACUAAGAAAGCUCUGAAUGAUUUUACCUAAAGAGGCCUGCCCUGUUUUGUUGCCUGCAGAGUGGAAUUCCUGGAUAACACUUGGAUGUUGUCUUUGACGUUAAAGCCGCCUUCACUUUGGAUGGCGACUCCAUUAUGUUCAAGUUUGGAAAACCUUCAGUGUUAGGACAGUUGUGACAUUGCUAUGCUUUUAGUGCUUGUCCUGACACAACUCUCAGACUGAGUCAGGAGACAUGCUGAUGUGAUGCUACUACUAUGGGUAUUACAUCUGUGCCACGUUGGUUUCAUUGGUUUAUUUCAGUCAUGGUCUUCAGAAUUAUGCUCUGCUUGAAAUUCACUGAUGAAGCCACAUGUCAUGGACACGCUGCCACCACGAUGAUAAACCACCACGACUCUGCUGCAGCAUGCUCAAAACUUACUGAUCAAUCGUGCAAAAUGAGGAGCCCAGUGCGUUCCUAAUAUACCACUAAAGAUCUCGCCAAGACCUUGCAAAGAUCGUCCAAAAUCCGAUGGUGUUUUUACAUCCUCCUUUGAAGUGGAACCUUGUAUGUGGUCUGCAUGGCCACCAGUUUAAACACUGGUUUGGCGUUCGAUGGCAGAUUUUCUGUAACCUACCUUGAGUUUCUGCUCCCCUCUGCUGCCAGCUUGUCAUCCGACCCUCACCCGGUUUCUCUUUCGCCUCGUCGAUGCUGAAGCCAUAAGACCAGUUUUUCGUCCCACUUCUUUUUUAACGUCAGUGCCAAAGAACAUUGCAAGAAAUAUUUCCAGAUCUCCUGAAAAAGUGUCAGUUAAACCUAAAUGCUGACUAUUACUGUAUAUUUUUUUAACAAUUUCAUCUGUAAGGAUUUUUUUGUCAUCAUUUAAUGCACUCUGAACGGUGAAGAUAUGAAGAACUGAUUGAACUUAAUCCUGUUAUCUGUUCUUUUAAAGCUGCCGUGUCAAAUCAGUCCCUCCCAUCUAUGUGGUUAUUUGUUUGACAAGUUGUUCAUACAUCGUGUUUUCAAUGCAUCUGUAUGUAGUGAUGAAGGCCACUUGAUUACCACUGAAUCAUUCAGCUGAACUGCAUCAUAAGAUGGCACUUAAUGUCAUGAAGUCUAUGCAUUCAUUUUUUGUGUAUUAUCCAACAAACUUGGCUGUUUACUCAUCAGUGGACUGUCUCAGGUUGAUUCCUGGUAUAUCCGGUUUCUCUUGAGAUGAAAUUUGGUGACACUCCAGCCUGCAGCAUGGCUCACUCCCUCACCUUUGGUUCUGCCAUUUGGCCUUUUGUCUUGCAAGGAUAAAGUGUCCUUUUUCUCUGAAGGAUCAAUGGUCGUCUCACCCUCCGUCAGAAGCAGUUUCUGUGGCUACAAAGCCAGUAUUCUCUGGGUCCUGAAAGAAAAGCCCACUUAUCUCGCUAAACGACAGGGUAGAACCCAGGGAAUAAAUUGGAUUUGGUCCCAUUUGUAAAAGUAGGUGGAGCAUCGUUUUGUUGUUCUGAAUCUGGGUGUCUUUGUCUGGUGCUGUCCAGUCCUCUUAUCUGAUACAGUUCUGAUGUUGUACUGCCCCCAUCUGACUCCACUGCCUAUUAACUGUCCAUUCACCAUGCUGUUCUCAGCAGAGGGUCCAGACGGGACUGACGCCCAUCAGUAAUUCAUGAAACCUUCUUAGAACCACUUAUAUGUUUCAUAGAUGUUGCUUUGGCUUGGAACAAAUACAACCAAAGGAUUAUUGAGUAUGCGUCAGGACAACCAAAUCAAAUUUAUUGGUGUGUACAUCACAGCAGAUGCAGCUGGGUUCACGUUCCGUUUUUUUUUUUUUGUCUAAGUUUCAAUUCUUCAAAAAUCCAUCUGUCGCUAACAAACAAAGCUUCUCACCUCUUCAGUGCUCUAGCCCAUCAUGGAAACCACCCAACAGAUCACUGAAGCUUUGAACCUUCCCAUGUAGUCUUAGCCUUUUUGUCAACCAGUUUAAACUUUGCCUUGUUAACCGCUCACACGGAAACUGAAGAGUCAGCGGACGUGUGUCGUAUUGUACUAAUGAAGCUAAUGAAGGUUGUAGAGAAACAAUGUAUGCCUUUUAUCUCUUUGUAUUGUGAUAUCUUUGUCUGGUACGUCAAACAAGUCUGGAAAGGGAGGACGAUUUAGUGGCAGUGCCAAAUGAUGGGAAGUCCAACCUUCGUCACACUAGCUAAUUUUCUCCAAAGAUCAUUCAAAUUAUUGGAGGGGGACAAAAAUCCAGCAUCUAGUUGCACCGGUGAUGAGAGCACCCCCUGAGUUUUUCCCAAAACGAUAAUAAUAAAACACUUUCUGUUUAAUAUUCUGUUUUUCUAAUUGGCAUUCUUCCCUCAGGACCACUGCCACAUAAAGCUCAGCCUCUCUUUACCCUUGUGGACUUUGAUUUACCCAAAUAUAAAGGGAUUAAAUGUAUUUUACAAAUAA